AUGGGCCGUGGUAGGACCCUCGAGUACCCCAAGACCGCGAUCAACAAGGUCAACCGGUAUAACCAGCGAGCCACAUAUGACCUAGAACAGAUCCACAGCAUCAUCAACACCAGCAGCGUCGUGCACGUCUCGUUCAACACGCCCGACCCAAACAACCCGUUCCCCGUGACGCUGCCGAUGGUCGGCGUGGCGGCCAGCUAUGAACAUCCAUCAGCCUCACUGGGCGAACCGCUCGACAUCUAUCUGCACGGCUACGUGAGCAGUCGGCUGAUGAACCUUUCGCGGGAUGCCAACGCCAACGCCAACGCCAACGCCGACGCCGCCUCCACACCACCCACACCCACACCCACACCGACAGGUCUGCCAGUGACCAUCUCAGCGACCAAGAUCGACGGGCUCAUCCUCACUCUGACGCCCAACACACACGACAUCAACUACCGCUCGGCCGUGGUGUACGGGUACGCGACCAUUGUGACCGACGUGGCCGAGAAGCUGUGGGCCAUGGAGCAAGUGACCAAUUCGGUGGUGCGGGACCGCUGGCGGUUCACGCGACUGCCGCCCGACAACGCCGAGAUGCAGAGCACCUCGAUCCUGCGCGUCUCCGUCGUCGGGGGCAGUGGCAAGAUCCGCGUCGGCGGCCCGCGCGACGAACAGAAGGAUUUGGUGCGUGACGACCUCCGCGACACCGUCUGGACCGGCGUCGUGCCGGUCUAUGAGCAUCUCGGCGAGCCUGUUCCGCACAAGGAAAACAGGGUCAAGGACGUCCCCGCCCACGUCUUGGAGUAUGUCAAGGACACCAGAGAGGCGAAUGCAAAGUACGCGGCCGACGCGACUGUCGACCAGUCCCAGGACUGA